UCUAAUGAUAAUGUCAAACAAAAUAUCGUUACGACUGAUUCAAAUUUUUCCGAUCAUUUUUCCUACAAUAAACCUAUUGAUUGGACUUAUGAAUUUGUUGAUCACAAAAAUCAUCAAAAAAAUCAACAAAAAAUAUCCUCAUAUUUGCCAUCCAUUGAUGAUGAAUAUUUUUUUCAACGACAAUUACCAUUCGAUCAAGCAAUGGAUUUAAUUGUUCAUGGAACCAAAACAGAAAGAUUUUAUUUCCAGAUAUUCAAACGAACGGAAAAUAUAUCACUAACUGCUACAUUAUGUGGUCAAAGUGAUAGUCAACCCACGAUACAUAUUGAAUUAUAUUUCAUCAAUUUAAAAACAAUAAAAAAAUUUCAUAAACGAAAAAUUGGUCGUAGAUCGAAUGAUCGUCAAACUCAACGAAUAUGGACCAGAAUGAUUAAUCGUAAAUUAUCAAGACGUUCUAAAAAUCAUCGAAAACUUCUGGUCUUGGAACACCUGUUGCAUUCAUCAUCUUCGUUAUUGCAACAGUCAAGAACAACAUUUGGAAAUGGAAUAGUUUUUCAACCAGGUCUUUAUAUAAUUCAAAUGGAAUCUAAUUUUCCAUACAACGAUGAACGAGUAGAUGAAAAAUCUGAUGUUCCAAUUCAAUUGUAUUUGAAUUCAAAAUCUAAUCCGAUGCCAUAUCCAUUUGUGCCUCCAGUAGCAUCAAUUUUGAUCCAACAAGUGUAUGGAGAAUUUGAUACUUUUAAUCAAUCUUCAGCUGAAAUUUGGUGGAAUCCAGUCAUUUCAUCGGAUAUACAUCAAAAUUACGAAUAUUGUUUAGUCAUACAGGAAAAUUAUCCAUAUAAAGACAAGUGUUCAUCAGAAAUUCAAUUAUCAGAAAUUCGAAUCUGUUCGAAUCAGACAAAAAUGACUGUGCAUGACUUACGUCCAGGACAAUUAUAUUUUGUCGAUGUAUUUGUACGCAAUCUUAAUCACCUCAAUGGAUUACAAUCAAAAUAUUGGACAGCAAAUUUUACAUUGAUAGAUCAUCAUACUCAACAGAAAAUUUGGCGCGAACAAUUUCAUUCAAUGCAACAAUUACAUGAUAGUUUAUUCACUGGAGUGUUUUUGGACUCAAAAAUCAAUACCGCAAACGUUUUCUAUUUAAACUGCCGUUUAUGCCAAAUGAAGAGAAUAAUAAACUCUAUAUUUAUAUUCAACCAUGCAUUGGAUUAGGAUCUAUACAAUUAAAUGUUGAAGAAAUUUCUCUCAAUUAUUUUGACCAACUUCGAAGAAAACGUCAUCAGCAUCAUCGACGUCAGGAAAAUUUUGAUAUGGCAGAUAAUUCCAUUAUAGAUGAAAUAAUGGAUGAUUAUAAUCCAUUAACAGAUAGUGAUACUGAUAAUGCUAUGUUGUUUUUCGAAGAAAUCAUGGAAACAAGAACAAUCGAGCUUACCAUACCCGUUUCAUAUCGGACAAUCAAUACUGGAAUGUUAUAUUUGAUUAUAGAGCUCAAUACUGUAGCAAUGAUGCAAAGUCGUAGUAUGGUGUUGUUGGUUACAAAUUCUUUAUCAAAAUUUCCAUUUCCGCGUUUACCUAACGACAAAUCUAUACGGGUAAUGGAAACCUUAAAACAAUGUGAUUCGGUCACAUUGGUUUGGAAUGCUUCACCUGAUGAACGUGUUACCUAUUGUAUAUUGCAACGUGAUGCUAAAUAUGGUCACGGUUUUGAAGAAUCAAAACAUUUAUGUCAAAAAAUUAAACCACCAACAAUAAAUAGGCGUAGUUCUAGUCCGAACGAUUCUGACAAUAAUAAUGAUAAUAAUGUCAACCAUAUGGUUGUUUUGGAUGAUCGUUACUUGAACGAACAUUCUUAUCCAACACGUAAAGUUCUUUGUCGAAGAUAUCGAACACAAAAACGUAUCAACAAUAAUUUGAUUAUGCAACAAAUUAAAAAAUUACAACCAGGUCGACAAUAUAUAUUCAUGAUUACAAUCAAAGGUCGUAAAAAUCAAUUGAAUUAUGAACAGAUUUAUGCGGAUACCAAAGAUGAUGGUGAAUGUUCUGUUAUGAACAGGAAUAAUUAUAUGGAUGACAAUGAUGAAUUGGAUCGUGAACGACGGAAACGUUGGAGAGGACGUUCAUCUUAAUCGAAAUUCAAAUUAAACAUCUAAGUCAAACUCAUCAGUUCAUCGUUGUUUUUUUUCUAAAUUCAUUGUAAAAAAUUUAUUAAAAUUUUUAUUUUA